AAAGUUUUGGUUGUCUGGUUUUUCUUCUUCCAUACAAGAGAUAGAAAGGUUCUUGGAUCUGGACUAAAGAUCAUAUAAAAUGGAACAAGGAGAUCACCAACAGCAGAAGAAAGAAGAAGAAGCUUUGCCGCCAGGUUUCAGAUUUCAUCCAACGGAUGAGGAGCUAAUAUCUUAUUACUUGGUUAAUAAGAUCGCCGAUCAAAACUUCACCGGCAAAGCAAUCGCCGACGUUGAUCUCAACAAGUCCGAACCGUGGGAGCUUCCUGAGAAGGCCAAAAUGGGAGGAAAAGAAUGGUACUUUUUCAGUCUACGGGACCGGAAGUACCCGACGGGGGUGAGGACAAAUAGGGCGACGAAUACAGGAUAUUGGAAAACCACCGGAAAAGACAAAGAGAUAUUCAAUAGCACAACAUCGGAGUUGGUCGGAAUGAAGAAGACUUUGGUCUUCUACAGAGGAAGAGCUCCUCGUGGGGAGAAGACUAGUUGGGUCAUGCAUGAAUAUCGACUUCACUCUAAGUCUUCCUACAGAACCUCCAAGCAAGACGAGUGGGUAGUGUGUAGAGUAUUCAAGAAAACAGAAGCAACCAAGAAAUACAUAAGCAACAGUAGCAGCAGCACAAGUCAUAACCACAACCACGCAAGAGCCUCAUUACUAUCAACCAACAACAACAACCCUAAUUACUCAUCAGACCUCCUUCAACUCCCACCGCAUCUACAACCACACCCAAGCCUCAAUAUUAACCAGUCCAUCAUGGCUAACGCGGUUCACCUAGCCGAGCUCUCUAGGGUCUUCCGUGCCUCCACAAGCACUACCAUGGACUCUGCUCAUCAUCAGCAGCUAAUGAACUACAACGUCCACAUGCCUGUCUCAGGGCUCAAUCUCAACCUUGGCGGUGCACUGGUCCAGCCGCCUCCUGUUGUGUCACUCGAGGAUGUCGCCUCGGUUAGUGCUUCGUUCAACGGCGAAAACGGGUUUGGAAAUGUGGAGAUGAGCCAGUGCAUGGACUUGGAUGGAUACUGGCCAUCUUAUUAAGUGGUAAUUGUCAGUUUAAGUCCAUCUUAUUAAGUGGAUGGAUACUGGCCAUCUUAUUAAGUGGUAAUUGUCAGUUUAAGUCCAUCUUAUUAAGUGGUUCUUAUUUUGUUUGCACGCGGAAGAAAAUUCCCUUUACUUGUUGGUAAAACCUUUUUGUUUGUUUUUAUUGUCGCAUUUGUUUACCUAUUCUAGGAAGAUAUCAAGAUUCAAAGGUUAGUCAAGCCAAUUAUGGUGUGACUCUAUGAUUUUCAGUUACAAAUAAAAUUAAAGCUGUAAUAUUUCCCAAUA